AUGGAUCGCAGAGAAAAAUUCGAAGAUGCAAGCAGCGGCAGCCACACCCAACAACUUAAACAGGGGGUAAGCGGAGAGCGCGCUUCCACUGACGCCUCCGACACGUCAUCCGAAGUUUUUAAGGUAGGAGUGCGUGUACCACCUUUUUGGCCGGAAGAACCAGAAAUAUGGUUUGCACAAGUUGAGGGCCAAUUUGCUAUCUCUGGUAUCACGAGCGAUUUUACAAAAUUUAGUUACGUUAUCGGACAGCUAGACCAUCAAUUUUCCAAAGAGGUCAAAGACAUUAUUAUCAACCCACCAGCCAGUGAUAAAUAUAUAAAGCUUAAAACAGAGCUCAUAAAGCGUUUGAGUACCUCACACGAAAAGAAGGUGAAGCAACUUCUUAUGCACGAGGAACUGGGUGACAGGAAGCCUUCACAGUUCUUGCGACACCUCCAGAGCCUAGCAGGACCCCAAGUACCAGACGAUUUCCUGCAGACUAUUUGGACCAGCCGGUUGCCGAGGAGCAUCCAGACCGUACUAGCCGCGCAACCCAGCGCGUCAUUGGAAGUGCUGGCAGAUUUAGCAGACCGGAUACAGGACAUUGUACCGUCUUCACCGCAAGUCGCCUCUACGUGCCCGGCGAGUACAUCCACACCAGGUCCCAGCUGCGACGCCUUAACAAGGGAAGUUGCCGAACUUCGACGGUCAUUAAUGGCGACUGACGACUGUCCUAAUACUACUGGUCGCCUAUUCGUCACGGACCGCACCUCAAAAACACAAUUUUUGGUCGAUACAGGAAGCGACCUCUGUGUUUUUCCAAGGUCCUUAAUUCGUGAUCGUCGUGCAGCCACCAAUUACGAACUAUGUGCAGCCAACGGGAGUACCAUAAAGACUUACGGCUAUGCCCACCUUACCCUAGAUCUUGGACUGCGACGUAGUUUUAAGUGGCGUUUUGUGGUAGCUGAUGUUACGAAAGCUAUAAUUGGUGUUGAUUUCUUAUCUUUUUAUAACCUAAUUGUUGAUUGUCGAAACCAAAGAUUAAUAGAUAGUACUACUACUUUAGUUACUAAUGUAUCUUUAAUUUCUUGUCCAGAUUCUGUUUCAUCUGUGAAGGUUUCGACUGGCAGCUCGCGGUAUCACAAAAUUUUAGGUGAGUUUCCUGAAAUCACGCGACCCGCUGGUACACAACACACGAUAACACACAACACUAUACACCACAUUCGCACGACACCAGGCCCACCAGUAACUUCUUCUCCAAGACGCUUAGCACCCGAUAAGCUCAAAAUUGCUCGACAAGAAUUCGAAUCCAUGUUAGCCAAUGGUACAGCUAGGCCUUCAGAAAGCUCAUGGUCAUCGCCUCUUCAUCUCGCACCGAAAAAAGACAACGGGUGGCGCCCGUGCGGGGAUUAUAGAAUGCUCAAUGCUCGCACCAUCCCUGACAGGUAUCCAAUCAGACAUAUACACGACUUUACCCAUAGUAUAGCUGGUUGUAAGGUCUUCAGCACUAUCGAUCUGGUUAAGGCUUAUAACCAAAUACCUGUCAGUGAGUGCGAUAUCCCGAAAACCGCAAUUACCACACCGUUUGGACUUUAUGAGUUCCCUUACAUGUCGUUCGGUUUGUGCAACUCAGCGCAAACCUUCCAACGAUUCGUGGAUGAGAUGACCAGGGGCUUAGAAUUUUGUUACUGUUACCUUGACGACUUUCUAAUAUUUUCACGAAACGAAGAGGAACACGAAAGACAUCUUCGCGAAGUAUUUAACAGACUCAAGAGAUAUGGGAUGCUUAUAAACACCUCUAAGUGUAUUUUUGGUGUUGACGAAGUCAAAUUCCUUGGUUGCCGUAUUUCGGAAAGUGGCACCAAGCCCCUUACAGAAAAGGUGCAGGUCAUUCUGGAUUACCCACAACCCAAGGACGUACGUCAGUUGAGGAGAUUUUUGGGUAUCAUUAAUUUUUAUAGGCGAUUUCUACCCAAUGCCGCCCAAACACAAGCGCCUCUUAACAACCUCCUGACUGGUGCUGUCAAAGGUCGCCAACCAAUAACUUUGACAGAUAAAGAAAUCAAAGCUUUUGAAGACUGCAAAUGUAGUCUGUCUAAUGCAGCUUUAUUAGCCCAUCCAGACUGCGAAGCCAAAUUGGCAUUAGUAACAGAUGCGUCGGACGUAGCUAUAGGUGCCGUACUUCAACAGCUGAAAGGCGGAGCAUGGCAACCACUUGCGUUCUUUUCGCGUAAGUUAAGCCCAACUCAGCAGAGGUAUUCCCCAUAUGACAGAGAGUUAUUAGCUAUAUAUGAAGCUAUAAAAUACUUUCGUCAUAUGGUGGAGGCGAGACACUUUACCAUCUAUACUGACCAUAAACCGAUCAGUUUUGCAUUCCAUAAAAGGAAAGACAACUGCUCGCCUCGUCAGUAUAGACAGUUAGACUUCAUAGCCCAGUUCACAACCGACUUAAGGCAUAUAUCUGGCAAAGAUAACAUUGUUGCCGACACCUUAAGUCGCAUUGAGGAACUGGAAGCGCCCGUCGAUCUCGCCACCUUAGCCGAGUCCCAAGCCAAUGACGUAGAACUUGCCCAGCUUAUAAAAAGUGGUUCGUCGUCACUCCGUUUUGAACAGUACAAUAUUCCUGAUUGCAGUACUACAUUGUACUGUGACAUAAGUACACCAACCCGUAGACCAUUUGUGCCCAACAUCCUUCGCAAGCAGGUCUUUGACAGUCUUCAUUCCCUGAGCCAUCCUGGAGCAAAUGCCACUGCUCAAAUGGUAGCAGAACGCUACGUUUGGCCAGGUAUGAGGAAGGACUGCCGAGACUGGGCUAAAACUUGUAUUGCCUGUCAGCGUUCCAAGGUAAGCCGACACGUAUCCUCACCUUGGGGUACUUUCGCCUUGCCUCGCACGCGUUUUAGACACGUCCAUAUAGACCUCAUUGGUCCACUUCCAUGGUCAAAAGGCUACCGCUACUGCCUCACCGCAAUCGACCGUUUUACGCGAUGGCCUGAGGUAGUACCAAUAGCCGACAUUACAGCCGAAACUGUUGCACAAGCUUUGCUAUUCCAUUGGAUCGCUCGCUAUGGUUGUCCUGAGGAAAUUGUCACAGACCGAGGACGACAAUUUGAAUCAGACCUGUUUCAACAUCUAUCAAAAACAGCUGGCUUUCAACAUAAGCGCACAACAGCUUAUCAUCCUGCGUCCAAUGGAAUAGUCGAACGAUUUCAUCGACAGUUAAAAGCCGCUAUUAUGUGUCAUGCUGAAAGUAGUUGGACUGAAUCACUGUCUUGGGUCCUACUUGGCAUACGCAGUGCUUUUAAGGCUGAUCUGCAAACGUCUUCCGCAGAACUCGUAUACGGCGAGCCUCUUCGAUUACCUGGAGAAUUCUUUGAACCUAGUACAGAUGGCCCUGUGGACAUCACUGAGUUCACUGCACGACUCCGUAAUAUCGCCAAGACUUUGCAACCGGUACCAACAACUCGGCACAACACCGAGAAGACAUUUGUUUUUAAAGAUCUAAAUUCUUGCGACUAUGUUUUUCUUCGCGAAGGUGCUUUGCGAAGUUCUUUACAACCUGCUUACACCGGUCCACAUAAAGUCCUCACACGCGGUAACAAAGUGUUUAAGCUUCUGGUCAAGGGUAAAGAAGUCACUGUAUCGAUAGACCGACUCAAACCGGCCUACAUACUCACAGACAAAUACACUCUACACACACCACAUAACCCAAUCAUUCCCACACCAACAACACACAUAGAAACACAACGCGUAACACGCUCUGGACGCCGAGUUCGGUUUCCAGACUAUUAUCGCCCAUAG